CAAUCCACAAGCCUGCCCGUCUCAGGGCUGUCGCAGGACAGAGCGAGAUGUUGCCGGCUGAAGAAGCGUUGCUGACCGGACGAUGGUCUUCGGACAAGGAGAAAAGCGAUCGUUCGACUACCGGCGCUGCCCUUGCCAAACUCGUGGUCGAAGGCGCUUUCCGUGAAGCCCUCACAUCUGACGCCGCAAAAUCCGUCUUGAAGGUCCCUCAUGACUCUCAUCUCAGCAAUCCAAUGUCUACCUGGUUUUCUGCCACCUCGGUCAACGCUGAUGACGAGCUUCUACGACUCUCUGUCGCGGUUGCCUGCCUACACGCCUUCGUACAAGUCAAUUGGACAGGCCCCGAUCUGUCCAUUCGUCCCACCGGUGUCCUAAACAUCAGCGAGCGCAUAGGAGAGGAUGCUCUCAACCGCCUCGCCAUAAUGGAGCUGGCAUAUAGCGGCGAACCGGCGUAUCAUCUUGCGCAAGACGCGACGUUCCUCCGAAUAGCCCAGAUCCUGCUUGACUUUCCCUUCCAACACUGCGAGAGUGCCCCUUGGUGGCGCCUCCGCGCGUUCAACGUACACGAACAGGUUCUCGACGAGGCCGUUGCCCCCCCACCCUCCAUUUCCUCCAACGUCAAAGAGCUCCUCCCCAACAUCGCCGAUCCGGAUCUAAAAGCGCGCCUGCUUCUCGAACACGGUUUAUUGCAACACCAUUGCGCGAACGAUCGUGAUGCAGCAGAUCGUUUCGUCGAAGCCGCGCAAUCGACUGGAAUGGAGUACGAGCUCACAGGUGCACUGGGAAAACGUACCAAGUUCCAGCAGAUGGACGUCACGCAGCUGAUCCUCCUCGCUGAAAGCCGAAAGCGAACUGACGCCCCCGAGCCCAACUCAUCCACUGUAUCCGAACCAAACGGCUCCUCAUCCGGCACCGCACACGACCACAUGCCGGAGACGCUCGCGCUCAACGACGACACCCUCCUCGAACACACCCAAUUCACCGCCUCUCACUCCGCCGCCUCGAGCUCACGCCUCGCGCACCUUGAUCCCGCAAACCAGCCCGCGCUCGACCCACUGGACCAGUGCAUCCUCCUUUCCCUGUGCCUCAACGUCCGCAACACCUCCCCCGCGCACGGUCUCACGCAGGAGCAGAUGGCACCUUACGUAGCCCGCGUGAUCUCGCAUCCUCGCAAUUGGUCUGUGCACACUAUGGCGCUCCUGCUCCGUUCGCGGCUUGAGAGCGGACGAACGCGGUUGGUUGAGCGCUCCGUGCUUCAGCUGCAGGCGCUCGUCGAUCAGAUGCCGACCACGGACGCGCCGUUGAGCGAGCGCCUGCUUUACUUUCACGAUAUCCCGCUUCCGUCCAAGUGGGAGCUAGAGCGUGAGCUGGCGACGCGGUUCCUCGAGCUUGGCGUCGUGCGUUCCGCGCUUGAGAUAUUUGAACGGCUAGAGAUGUGGGAGGAGGUGGUCAAAUGCUGGCAGGCGAUGGAGCGCCACGACAAAGCAAUCAAGAUCGUGCGAGACUUGCUCGAGGGUAGGAAGGCGGAGGCCGACGUGGUCUUGGCAAGGAGCAAGGAGGGCACGUCGGGGACGAAGAGACAAGCCAUGGAUUCCGCUAGGGAGGCCAAGUUGUGGUGCAUCCUCGGGGACCUCGAACCUGAUCGUGCCGAAGAACAUUACAUGAAAGCAUGGACGGUCUCUGGUGAGACCUCUGGUCGGGCGAUGAGGUCGCUCGGCGGGUACCACUUUGCCCGAGCCCGCUUUGCAGAGGCUGUGUCGUGCUUGAAACGCGCGGUCAAGAUCAACCCACUCCUCUCCCGCUCCUGGUUCGUUCUUGGCUGUGCGUGCGUCAGGCUGGAGGACUGGGAAGGUGCACGGGAGGCCUUCACGCGUUGUGUCUCCAUCGACGACGAAGACUCGGAGAGCUGGAAUAAUCUGGCGAGCGUGUACCUCCGCAUGGGCGAAAUAGGGAAAAAGAAAGCGCAUGUCUCUGUACCCUUUGCCAACAAACAACUUGCUUUCCGCGCGCUCCAGCAGGGCGUCAAGCGCAGCUACGACAAUUGGCGGAUGUGGAACAACUAUAUGAUCGUCGCCGUCGAUGUCGGCGAGCUCUCCGAAGCCUGUCGCGCUCUUGGGAGAGUUAUCGAGGAGAGGUCGUCUCGGUCCCAGAAUGAGAGUGACGGCGCCUACGCCGAGUCGUACGUGGACGAAGACGUGCUGGACCGUCUGGUCGAUGCCGUUACCCGUGCGCCAGCUAAUCCCGACGACGCAGUGGAAGGCGAGGGCACAGCGCGCGACGCCGCGCUGAACCCGAACGAGGGCCACGGCCUUUACAAGCGCGUGCUCGACCUCUUCGACCGGAUUGUCCUCCCCCGUGUCUCUUCCCCGCGAGUCUUUCGCGCCUACGCUCGGCUCCUCACCUGGCAAUCGCAUUGGGUGGACGCGCUCAAGGCGUACAUGGACGCGUACCGAUGCGGCGUUGCGGGCACGUGGGAACGCGGCGAGGAGGAUUUGCGAAAGUGGCGCGAAGCCGUGAGCGAGGUCGAGGAGAUUGUCGACGUGCUCCGCAAUUUUGGGCCGAGGGCGGAGGAGGGGCUGAACUGGCGGUCGCAGGCGAGGAGCGUUGUUAGGACGUUCAUGGGCAAAACGAAGGACUUCGAGGACCAGCCUGAGUGGCAGCAGCUGGUGGACCUGCAGGAGGAGCUUAAGAAAGCCUCAGAUUCUUGA